AUGCCCAUGGAACUGCGCAAGCGCAAGGCUCCCGAGCCUGCCCCGGCCCCGGCGCCCAAGAAGACCUCCAAGGUCGCCGAGGUCGCCGCCAAGGUCAAGCAGGCCGUUACCGGCAAGAAGCAGGCCAAGCCCGCUGCUGCUGCCGCCACCUCCAACGGCACCGCCAAGGCGCCCGCCGCCGCCGCCGCCGCCGCCUCGUCCAAGAAGCCCAGCAAGGGCGACGUGAUCGCCCUCGACGGCUUCGGCGGCGAGGUCGAGACCAACGACGGCAACAAGGUCACCCUCAAGUCGCUCGUCGACGAGAGCAAGGCCGGCGUCGUGCUCUUCACCUACCCCAAGGCCUCCACCCCGGGCUGCACAAACCAAGCCUGCCUCUUCCGGGACUCGUACGCCCCGCUGACGGCCGGCGGCCUGUCCAUCUACGGCCUCUCGGCCGACUCGCCCAGGGCCAACACCGCCUUCCGCGAGAGGCAGCGCCUGCCCUACCCCCUGCUCUGCGACCCGGCCGCCUCGCUCAUCGGCGCCGUCGGGCUCCGCAAGGCGCCCAAGGGCACGCAGCGCGGCGUCUUCGUCGUCGACAAGGCUGGCCGGGUGCUCGCCGCCGAGGCCGGCAGCCCCGCCGGCACCGUCGAGGUGGUCAAGAAGCUCGUCGCCGCGGCUGGAGCGGAGACCGAGGCCGAGGUUGCUGCUGCUGCUGCUGGGGAGGGGAAGAAGGAGGAGGAGGUGGUGGCGGCGGAGGAGAAGAAGGAGGGUGAGGCUGAUGGGGUCAAGGCUUGA